AUGCCGAGGAAGCGUUCCGAGAACAGUGACGGUGAAAUGCGCCACUCUGUGUCCAUGGGUAGUGCGAGCAGAAUGGCGAACGCCAAAAUCUCGGUUAGCUCCCGGCUGAAUCUCCAAGAUGCAAUGCUGCGUUCCCUGUCAACAAUCCACAGAUCUACUUCGUUUCUGCCCUCGUCCCAACUAGAUCUGGAUCUCGCUUCCGCAGCUGGAUUGCACAUUAUACGACCGGAAACCCAUCCCGCAGCCUUUGUUCCCAUCCCACCAGACGGAGGAUGGGGCUGGGUAAUCUGUUUCGCCGCUUUCCUCACGAAUUUGGUCAUUGAUGGCAUCUGCGUGUCAUUUGGGGUGAUGGUUAACGACCUUGUGGAGUCCUUUGAAACAUCGGUCUCCAAGGUCAUGCUAAUAGGGUCCCUCCUCGUCGGCGUCUACCAGAUGGUCGGUAAGUGUCACUGGGAUGUUCACAUGCUUGCCCACUUUACUUAUGAUUUGCCAAAUUACGUGCUGAGUUCGGCUUUUUUUACAUCUAUGGCCCUCUGGUAG